AUGUUAACACACGAUUCGACUUCCGUGGAAUCACUUACAACAGUAGGGUACGGUGAUAAGACGCCUAAAACCUUCUGUGGACGUUCAUUUGGUAUAAUAUGGAUUCUGAUAGGAGCUAUAACGUUGUCGCUGUUCACCGCCUUAAUGACAAAUGCUAUCCAAGCUUCCCUGGAUGGUACGAGGUGUAGGGACAUCGGUGGCAAAAAGGUGGGUGUGUCCAACAAGAAUCCUGAAACGCAUAUAGUCGCUAUGGAGCUGGACGCAGACUUUGUCAAGUUCAACAACCUGGAUGAAAUGCAAGAAAGUCUUAGCCAAGGAACAAUUGGAAGAGUAAUGGUGGAUCGCAAUACUGCAUUUCACUUUUUGGAUAAAUCUGGUUUAAAACGAAACAGGCAGAUCCGAAUGAUUCGUAACAUCGAUUAUCCAAUGGAAUAUUACCUGGCUCACGUGAGCCAUGACGUAAUGGCGUCACCGAAUGACACGAACGAUUCUGAUGACGAAGUAUUGGAUAGAAAAAUUCAGCUUUCGGUUUGCGGGGAAAGCCUGAAAGAGUUAUCAGCGGAUAUGGUUGCAUAUGCAAAAGAAACUGCUAAAGAGCAACUUAUGCCUGCCGAAUUACAGACAGCAGAUUUGUCCGAUGAAAUGGAAGGGUUAUUCUCCACCGGCUCACAAAUGACCAAAUUUAUAUUAUUAGCCUUAUUGGGAAUACUUGCCUUCCUACUGAUCAUCGGCAAACUUUGGGAAGUCUACACCAACUGUAAGCCAAUGGUACACAAGAAGAGAAAAGUGCAUGAUGUCUUCUUCGUGAAUAUUCUCAUAUCUGAACACAACUUGAAGUCUGGUAGCCUCAGGAGGUUUCUAACCACAUCAUAUCUUGGCGGUGUUAACGAUGCAUGUUGCAACUCUGAGAUUGGUCCUAUAUCUAAUGGUUUGCUGCGAUUUAUGGCUCGCCAGGAGCCAAAAGCUCCAACUUGA